CGCCGUCACGUGACGCGGGGUCAACCCCGGAUGCUCAGCCCCGGCUCCUGCCGCUUCCCUCCGGCUUUCCCUCGGCUCCUGCUCUCUCCGCCUCAUCCCAGGAUCCCAGACUGCGGCUGGCCACGAUGGGCUCGCGGGGCCCGCCGGGCGAGUGACGAGCGGCGAGCGGUGCCCAGGUGCGGCCCCGGAGCGGUGGGCGGGCGCCCGAGACCCGAGCGGCCGCAGGAGGCUCCUGGGGUCCACCGCCCUCUCCCGGUCUCCGGGGCCGGGCCGGGCCGCGCUGCAGCCCCCGAGCUCCGCGCACUCGCAGCCUCCUCGCCAAUGCUUCAGAAGGCGCUGUCGGCGCUCCAGGCUCAGGAUGUGGGCGAGCAGGUGGAGACGCUCAUGCUACAUCCGGUGAUCAAGGCUUUCCUGUGUGGCUCCAUCAGUGGGACCUGCUCCACCCUCCUUUUCCAACCUCUAGAUGUCCUCAAAACGCGUCUGCAGACACUCCAGCCCACCUCCCACGGAUCCAGACGCGCCGGGAUGUGGACUGUGCUCCUGAAGGUCGUUCGCACGGAGAGUCUUCUGGGCCUCUGGAAAGGGAUGACCCCAUCUAUAGUGAGGUGUGUCCCUGGGGUUGGAAUCUACUUCGGCACUCUCUACUCGUCCAAGCAAUACUUCCUACGCGGCCAUCCUCCCACUGCCCUGGAGUCAGUCAUGCUGGGCGUGGGCUCUCGCUCAGUCGCAGGGGUCUGCAUGUCUCCCCUCACUGUGGUCAAGACACGUUACGAGAGUGGGAGGUAUGGCUACAAGAGCAUCUACACAGCCGUGAGGAGCAUCUACCGAGACGAGGGCCACCGGGGCCUUUUCAGUGGCCUGACGGCUACACUCCUUCGCGAUGCUCCUUUCUCUGGAAUCUACCUGAUGUUUUACACUCAAACCAAAAAUAUUUUGUUCCACGACCAGCUGGAUGCAGCCCUUACGCCUGUUGUAAACUUCAGCUGUGGAAUAUUUGCUGGUAUUCUGGCCUCGUUGGUGACUCAGCCUGCAGAUGUGAUCAAAACCCAUAUGCAGCUCUCGCCAGUGAAAUUCCAGUGGAUCGGACAGGCAGUGACUCUCAUUUUCAAAGACUACGGACUGCGAGGCUUCUUCCAGGGCAGUGUCCCCCGGGCCCUCCGCAGGACUCUGAUGUCAGCCAUGGUGUGGACCGUUUACGAGGAGAUGAUGGCUAAGAUGGGGCUGAAGUCCUGAGCAAGAGGAGACUGGGAAAGGAUGGGACCUGGUGCCCUGCCCGGCUCCUGGCCAAGGCUGCUUCAUCUCCGGGCAGUUGCUUUACCUUCAAUUACUACUUCAAGCAAAGAAGGAGUGGAUGGGUCUGACUCAGGCCUUGGGAAUCUCCCCAAAGAGGAGUCAAGGAAAACUAUAGCACACUGGGGAAUUCAGAGAAGUGUUUGUGGUUUCCAUAAGGUUACCGGAAAGAGGCAUGCCCAGAGAGAGCUCUGUUGAGUAGCCCCACCUAACCACAUCAGCCUUCUUUGGGAACUGAAAGCCCAAGGAGCUGUGGGGGGGGUGGCAGGAAGUACUGGGCCUUCUUCCCCCAGAGAGAGGAGUCACUACUGCUAGGCUGAAGUCUGAAUCUGAGGUGAUGUUAGGGUGAGAAAGAAAAGACGACAUUUAAUUGGCUCCGAAUCAACUUCUCAGACACUCUGGAAAAUAAGAGGACAGUGACUUCCUACCCUCUUAAACGUCCAAAUAAAAGUUUCUCAGUCUUGA